AUGACUGAUAAACGAAGUUAUUCGAUGAAAAAUCGGAAAAAGCCUCCGGUGCCAACGAGCCCGAAGCCGAAAUUGAUUUCGGAAACAUUUGCAGCGCUUGCCCUCGAAAUGAGAAACUCCGAGUUUAAUAAUGAGGACGACUAUAUAUUCCCUACACACGACAGCACAGAAAGCUCAGUUCAUGAUUGUUUGGAAUCUAACGAUCGUAUCGACGCGAAUCCUCGAAUCGAAGAUAUAAACGUUGCGAAAACACAGAGGAGACCAUCGAAAUUCGCGGCAAGAGGCCGGCGAAUGGGGCGAGCAAUGCGCGUAAUUGUUGUCGGUGCGAAAAAAGUCGGCAAAACUGCAAUCCUUCGUCAAGUCGCGUGCGUCGAAGACAUCACCACGAAGCCGUACGAGCCGACGAUCGAGGACACCUAUCAAGUGUUGCUCGAAGAGCCCGACAAAGCCCGGGAGAUUCUAAUAUUGCACGAUACCGCCGGAAUUUCGAAUUUCGGGCCCGUCGAACUAAAAAAGGCCUAUAUUCAAGCAGCCGACGCGUUUGUGCUCGUUUAUUCGUCUGCAGAUUAUGAAUCUUUCAAUCGGGUCGAUUUGCUGAAGAAAUGGAUCGACCGGCAGUUUGGAAAAGAUAAAAAAGAGGUACCCAUCGUCGUUUUGGCCAAUAUGAAUGAUCGACCUUCCACCGUCGAUAGCGCGUUUGCACAAAAUUGGGCGACAAGAGAAAAAGUGAAGCUGUUCGAAGUGUCGGCAAAAAAUCGCCAAUCAUUAGUGGAUUUCAUACAUUACAUCGGGCACAAGCACUUCCAUCCAUCCAAAGAGUCGAAAUUCUCAUUAUCGAAAAAAUUGAAAUCGGAAAAAUCGUCGAAUCCCGCAAUUCUCAUGGACUUCUGA